AUGUCUCGCCAGCCGCUCCCAGAGGUCACCCCAGAUGUCGGUCUGCCGUCUCUCGCGAAGGCAGAUACGCGGGACGAUUCCGGGAAAGCUGGGUCAGAGGAGGGGGAGGUGGUCGCGCUCGCGCCCGCGAGCAGGGAGGAACCGAUUGUCACUCGCAGGGAGCUUUGGAGCUACUAUCUGUACUACAACGGAGACAAUGGUGUUGGUCCGAAUGGCUACUCCAUGACGCUCUUCCAAGGACUUGCCACCAGCGCCGGUUUCGACCCCGUGAGGGGCCCUGGCUCCAGUUGUCUCGACGCAGACGCAUCCGGCCAAUGCGUCCUUCCAUGGGGCAACGGCACCAAGGCCGUCAGUUCAAUCGUGCUCAUCGCCAACGGCGUCAGCUUCGCGGUCAUGACCCUCAUCUUCACGACGAUCGGGUCUGCCGCCGACUACGGCACCUUCGGGCGCUGGCUCCUGCUCGUCAUCACCGUCAUCUGCUGGGGCGCGCAGUUCGCGAGCAUGUCCCUCACCUCGCCGGACCGAUGGGGCGUCGCGAUGGCGCUCUACAUGAUUGGCUUCAUCACCUACGGCGCGACGCUCGUCUUCUACGCCGCGGUCUUCCCGCGCCUCGCACGCAACACACCCCACGCGCGUGCGUUGCGCGACAAGCUCGACAACGGCGAGAUCUCGGCGGAGGAGUAUGAGGUGGAGGAGAGUCUGGAGAAGAACCGGAUCAGCAACAUCAGCACGAUGCACAGCAAUGUUGGGUACAUCGUCACACUCGCGCUGAACCUAUCGCUCCUGCUGCCGAAGAUGAACGACCCGAGGGUGAACAACUUUGUGCUCGUGCUGACGAAUGCGUAUUGGGUCAUUCUUGGUAUCUGGUGGUUCAUAUUCCAGCAGCCACGCCCGGGUCCUCCCCUGCCCAAGGGCGAACACUACGUCACCGUCGGAUGGAAGCAAAUCUGGGUCGCCUUGCAGCAGUACAAGAAGCUGCCAUACACAUUCUUGUACCUCAUCUCCUUCUUCCUGCUUGCCGAUGGUCUGAACACCACCGGAACGCUGGUCUCGAUCUGCCAGAACGACAAGUUUCAGUUCUCCUUCCUCCAGAACACCUACCUCGGGCUGUCUCAAGCUAUCACGUCGACGAUUAGCACACUCGGGUUCUGGUACAUCCAGAAGUACUGGAAGAUCAGCACCAAGAAGAUGUUCGUCGUCACCAACGUCGUCACCAUCUUCAUCCCCCUUUGGGGCAUGAUCGGCAUCUGGACGACCAAGUUUGGCUUCCACAACGUCUGGGAGUUCUGGGCGUACAAUGUCGUCUUCGGUCUCUUCCAGGCGCCGUACUACGCCUUCUCGCAGACGAUGAUGGCCGAGCUCACCCCGCCGGGCUUCGACAACAUGUUCUUCGGCCUCUUCGGCCUCUCGAACCGCGCAUCGUCGAUGAUCGGCCCGAACGUCAUCCAGGCGAUCAUCAACAACACGGGCGACAACUGGAAGGGCUUCCCGUUCCUCUUCGCGCUCUGCGCCUGCGCGAGCGUCGUCAUCUGGUUCGGCGUGGACGUCACGAAGGGCCGCCGCGACGCGGUCGUGUGGGCCGGGCGGCACCGCUCGUACGCGCAGACGGGCGUGCUCGUCGCCGAGGACGACGAGCCCGAGGAUCCAAAGAAACAGCAGUGA